GCGGACGGGGCGUACCCUCGAUCUGGACAGGACCCGAGACUAUUGCUCUGAUUGCUAUGUAUUGUAUCCCUUGGGAACGAUAGUAUAGUAAUGGCCUCACUUGCACUAUCUAUGGCUUCACUACAGCUAUGUGUGUUGCUCUCCUUAACCUUGUUGCCGUUUACGCUGCAAACUGAAGACUGUACUAACGACGGCAGGGGGAAGGUGUACCAAAGUUGUGGAUCACCAUGUACUCUGACCUGUGAAAACUACAUGUCUCCACCGUUUUGCCUGGCAUCCUGUUCAGAGGGUUGCUUCUGUCCCGACGGAACAGUCGAACACAACGGAGACUGUAUUCUGACUUCUGAUUGUCCCACUGAGUCCACUGCUAUUCCACCAUCGCCAUCUUCAUCCAUAAACACUACUACACUUGUGUGUCCUGCGGGGAAAAUCCACACAAUGUGUGGCCCACGUUGUCACGUCUUCUGUGGGGGCAGACGAGAGUGUCAAUCUAGAAACUGUGUUGAGGGCUGCUUCUGUGACAGUGAUAUGGUUGAACUUGGGGAGACAUGUGUUCGCCCAGAAGACUGUCCCGUUCCAGCCACUGAGUCCACCACUGCCCCACCAUCCCCAUCUUCAUCCAUAAACAAUACUACACUUGUGUGUCCCGCGGGGAAGAUCCACACAAUGUGUGGCCCACGUUGUCACGUCUUCUGUGGGGGAAGACGAGAGUGCCAAUCUAGAAACUGUGUUGAGGGCUGCUUCUGUGACAGUGAUAUGGUUGAACUUGGAGAGACAUGUGUUCGCCCAGAAGACUGUCCAGUUCUAGCUGAGUCCACCACUGCCCCACCAUCACCAUCUUCAUCCACAAACACUACUACACUUGUGUGUCCUGCGGGGAAAAUCCACACAAUGUGUGGCCCACGUUGUCAUGUCUUCUGUGGGGGUAGACGAGAGUGCCAAUCUAGAAACUGUGUUGAGGGCUGCUUCUGUGACAGUGAUAUGGUUGAACUUGGGGAGACAUGUGUUCGCCCAGAAGACUGCCCAGUUCUAGCCACUGAGUCCACUACUGCCCCACCAUCACCAUCUUCAUCUACAAACACUACUACACUUGUGUGUCCUGCGGGGAAAAUCCACACAAUGUGUGGUCCACGUUGUCACGUCUUCUGUGGGGGCAGACGAGAGUGCCAAUCUAGAAACUGUGUUGAGGGCUGCUUCUGUGACAGUGAUAUGGUUGAACUUGGGGAGACAUGUGUUCGCCCAGAAGACUGUCCCGUUCCAGCUGAGUCCACCACUGCCCCACCAUCACCAUCUUCAUCCACAAACACUACUACACUUGUGUGUCCUGCGGGGAAAAUCCACACAAUGUGUGGUCCACGUUGUCAUGUCUUCUGUGGGGGUAGACGAGAGUGCCAAUCUAGAAACUGUGUUGAGGGCUGCUUCUGUGACAGUGAUAUGGUUGAACUUGGGGAGACAUGUGUUCGCCCAGAAGACUGCCCAGUUCUAGCCACUGAGUCCACUACUGCCCCACCAUCACCAUCUUCAUCUACAAACACUACUACACUUGUGUGUCCUGCGGGGAAAAUCCACACAAUGUGUGGUCCACGUUGUCACGUCUUCUGUGGGGGCAGACGAGAGUGCCAAUCUAGAAACUGUGUUGAGGGCUGCUUCUGUGACAGUGAUAUGGUUGAACUUGGGGAGACAUGUGUUCGCCCAGAAGACUGUCCCGUUCCAGCUGAGUCCACCACUGCCCCACCAUCACCAUCUUCAUCCACAAACACUACUACACUUGUGUGUCCUGCGGGGAAAAUCCACACAAUGUGUGGUCCACGUUGUCAUGUCUUCUGUGGGGGUAGACGAGAGUGCCAAUCUAGAAACUGUGUUGAGGGCUGCUUCUGUGACAGUGAUAUGGUUGAACUUGGGGAGACAUGUGUUCGCCCAGAAGACUGCCCAGUUCUAGCCACUGAGUCCACUACUGCCCCAUCAUCACCAUCUUCAUCUACAAACACUACUACACUUGUGUGUCCUGCGGGGAAAAUCCACACAAUGUGUGGUCCACGUUGUCACGUCUUCUGUGGGGGCAGACGAGAGUGCCAAUCUAGAAACUGUGUUGAGGGCUGCUUCUGUGACAGUGAUAUGGUUGAACUUGGGGAGACAUGUGUUCGCCCAGAAGACUGUCCCGUUCCAGCCACUGAGUCCACCACUGCCCCACCAUCACCAUCUUCAUCCACAAACACUACUACACUUGUGUGUCCUGCGGGGAAAAUCCACACAAUGUGUGGUCCACGUUGUCAUGUCUUCUGUGGGGGUAGACGAGAGUGCCAAUCUAGAAACUGUGUUGAGGGCUGCUUCUGUGACAGUGAUAUGGUUGAACUUGGGGAGACAUGUGUUCGCCCAGAAGACUGCCCAGUUCUAGCCACUGAGUCCACUACUGCCCCAUCAUCACCAUCUUCAUCUACAAACACUACUACACUUGUGUGUCCUGCGGGGAAAAUCCACACAAUGUGUGGUCCACGUUGUCACGUCUUCUGUGGGGGCAGACGAGAGUGCCAAUCUAGAAACUGUGUUGAGGGCUGCUUCUGUGACAGUGAUAUGGUUGAACUUGGGGAGACAUGUGUUCGCCCAGAAGACUGUCCCGUUCCAGCCACUGAGUCCACCACUGCCCCACCAUCACCAUCUUCAUCCACAAACAAUACUACACUUGUGUGUCCUGCGGGCAAAAUCCACACAAUGUGUGGCCCACGUUGUCAUGUCUUCUGUGGGGGUAGACGAGAGUGCCAAUCUAGAAACUGUGUUGAGGGCUGCUUCUGUGACAGUGAUAUGGUUGAACUUGGGGAGACAUGUGUUCGCCCAGAAGACUGUCCAGUUCCAGCCACUGAGUCCACCACUGCCCCACCAUCACCAUCUUCAUCCACAAACACUACUACACCUGUGUGUCCUGCGGGCAAAAUCUACACAAUGUGUGGCCCACGUUGUCACGUCUUCUGUGGGGGCAGACGAGAGUGCCAAUCUAGAAACUGUGUUGAGGGCUGCUUUUGUGACACCGAUAUGGUUGAAUUUGGGGAGACAUGUGUUCGCCCAGAAGAUUGUCCAGCUCCUGCUACCACCUUGAUGCCUCCUACCAUAUCAACUACUACUUCUGCCCUCUCACCUUUGGUCUGUACUUCUGGCAAAGAGUACAGACAGUGUGGUCCCGUGUGUAAAGACACUUGUGGUACACUGUUUGGCAAUCAGCCCAAACUUUGCUUCUCUCUAAGAUGUUUCGCUGGCUGUUUCUGUCCUGAGGGCACAAUAGAGCAUGAAGGGCAGUGCAUCAAGAGUACAGCCUGCCCCAACUAUCCAUGCCAAUAUGGCAGAUGUCCGAAUGGGUAUAGGUGUGAAGUGGACCCUCAAUCACGCCAAUCUUUGUGCAAGAGAUCGCUGUAUGUCCCAUGUGAUGCGGACGUUUCUCUGGCAUGUGAUUCAGCGUUCUUAAGGUGUGUAGUUGAGAACACCACCAGAUAUGCCAGUUGUGUGCCGUCUUGCUACCUGAAUAAUGGAAACUGUGACAGUGACCAGACGUGUAUAGUACAACUUGUUGAGCACGGGAGCACGGUGCACUGUCUUAACUUUAAUGAUCUGUCUACUGAAUGUCCUCCUGGAAUGAUAAUGGACCAGUGUGGGUCACUUUGUCAGGAGACCUGUGAUGAUGUUAAUGGCGGUGGGAUCAAAGCAUGUCCUCUAAUUUGUGGGCCUGCUGCCUGUGUGUGCCCUUACGGUCUGGUGCGUUACAGGGACCGCUGUGUUGACCCAAAGGAGUGCUACUCAUUAGAGAAGUAUCCACCAAACAUAUUUCCCCUGCCAUCUGCGAGAGCUGAUACUGGGCUGCUGCAACUGAGCUUUUCGGGCAUGACUAAGGUUGAUUUCGCUACAGUGCAAGAUACAUUCCUGAGCUCCCUGGAUGAGAUUUUAAGUGAGCACACUGGGGUGGAGGUGGAGCUUCAUGCUGUCCUUGAGAGUGACGGAGGACUAGAAUUGUAUAUCAUGGUCUCUGGUGGAGAUGUUAGUUCUGAGACUCUAAAUUACUAUGCUGACUUAAUCAGUUCUGCUGCUUGGAGCAUCCCUAUUGAUGAUGUAGUAGUCAUUGAACUGCCACAAGUUGGACGUCUACAAGAAGGACUCAGUCAGUUGACCAUAGUUGGAAUUGCUGUUGCAGUUGUUGUCAUAUUUGUUCUGCUAGUUGCAUUAGUCAUUGUUUCUCUAUGCUACUGUACUGUGAGACGAAGACAGUCCGUCAACAAAGGGCCACAAAAGCUAAACCCACUGACAUACUCCCGGCUGGUAAAUGAAGGGAUGGGAUAAUUAUGUUGAAGAGACUUCGUAAUACUAACAAUGACAGGCGUUUUUUAACUCAUAAUUAUUUUGUUACUUAGUAUACCCGUUGUUAUAAUUAUAUACACCUAUAUAAAAUUAUGUACCCUGA